AGCAUUCCCUUUGCCUUAUAUAGGGGAUUCCUGCUCUUAGCAUAAUUCACAAAGCCUGUGUAGAAGUCGUCUAAACUAUUAUAUAAAAAAAGUGAUAAAUGGCUAAGAAAACGGCACCUGUAUUCAAGGCUCUGUUGGAUUUAACGGAACUACAUUCAUCUAAAGUAUUAGCGACUCAAAACAGGAGUGAGAUCAGGCUCCUGAGUUCCUGUGGUGUCCUUGCCCCCCAGCGUGCCAGGCUGCCUCAGCUCGCCCCUGGCACAGCCACCUUUCAGACACGCCGCUCAUUCAUCCACAUUGCUGGCCCCUUCAUGGGCAGCAAGAAAAUGGAGUAUUCUGAGUCGAAGCUGCUAGGAUAUUCCACUGAACAGAUGUACGAUGUGGUCGCCAAUGUGGAGAAGUAUCAGCAGUUCGUUCCCUGGUGCAAGAGUUCAAAAAUCAUCUCUAAACGAAACCAACUGACCAAAGCACAGCUGGAAAUCGGCUUCCCUCCCAUUGUGGAACGCUACACCUCAGAGGUGACAGUGAUCCCACAGCACCAAGUCAGGGCGGUAUGUAAGAAUUGCUCGCUGUUCAAUCACUUGGAGACUGUCUGGAGAUUCAGCCCUGGAGCCCCCGCUCAACCAGAGACAUGCACUUUACAUUUUUAUGUUUCAUUUGAAUUCAGAUCCUUGCUACAUUCCCAGAUAGCCACUGUAUUCUUUAAUGACGUUGUGAAGCAGAUGGUAGCUGCUUUCGAGAAGCGAGCGGCGAGGAUGUAUGGCCCACAGGCUGUGAUUCAGGAGUGUGAAGAGAACGCUGUACGAAGGAGGCGGGCAGUGUGACAGGAAUUUCACAACAGGAACUGCACAGUGACACAUUUCUCUCUUUAACUUUACUGAAGACUUGUGGGUUUUUUCUCCACGUUGUCUGCUGGACCAAAUUCAUUCCUGUUAUUUUUUAUUAUUUAUUAUUAUUAUU